ACGUGCCGGGCGCGAGCCACCGCCUCCUGGCGGGUGCUUCCUGUGGCUGUCUCCGCCGCCGCCCGGGGGCCGCGGGAAGCUAGGCGGUUCCGGGCUCGAGAAGGCCCGGUUUUGGUUCGGAUCUGCCGCGAGGUAUCUAGCCUGCCGAGAUGCCAGGGCCAAGACCUCGGAAGGGCCCUAAAACCAGUGGCCAGGGUGCCGAAACUGCCAAGCAGCUGGGGCUUUUUGUGGAGUUCAACCCUGAGGAGAUGCUCCUGGGGGUGGAUGAGACUGAAGAUGAUGGAGACCUGGAGGCUGAGUUAUUGGCGCUCACUGGGGAAACAGGGAGCACAAGCAGGAAGCCGGCACCCAAGGGGCAGGCUCCCCUGCCCAUGGCCCGCAUUGAGAAGUUGGCAGCAGACUGUAUGCGAGAUGUGGACGAGGAGGAGGAGGAGGAGGAGGACGGGCUGGAGGAGGAUGAAGACCUUCUGACAGAGCUACAGGAGGUCCUGGAUAAAGAAACUGGGCUGCUAGAUGGCAGUGAGGCAGCAAGCCCAGACCUGUCUGAGGAGAAGACAUGGGACAACACUGAACAACCUGUAGUACAGGCAGCCUUCCAACAGGCGUUACCUGCAGUGGCUCAGGCUGGAGGGCCUCGGGGGCUGCAGGCUUUGCUGGAGGAGCGGAUCCAUAACUACCGGGAGGCUGCAGCCAGUGCCAAGGAAGCUGGGGAAUCUGCCAAAGCCCGGCGCUGUGAGCGAGGCCUGAAGACUCUGGAGUCCCAGCUUGCCACUGUGAGGAAAGGUGGGAAGAUCUGUGAAGAUGAGAUCCCACCUCCAGUGGCCUUGGGCAAAAGGCCCCCAGCCCAGCAGGAAAGAGCUGACAAGAACUCUGAGAUAGACUCUCCAGUUCCCCUUGCCAUGGAGCCAGGCAACCUUUCCCAACCUGAGUCCAGCCUCCCUGCCGUUGAUCCCUUGCCUGAUUCAGACCCAGACCCUCAAGCCCUGCUGUUAGCCCGACAGAGAGAGUACAAAGCAGCUGCUCUCAAUGCCAAGCGGGCUGGAGAUCUGGAUCGUGCUCGGGAGCUCAUGAGGAUUGGGAAGAGAUUUGGUACUGUCCUAGAGGCCCUGGAGAAGGGACAGCCUGUGGAUCUGAGUGGCAUGCCCCCAGCACCCGAGGAUCUGAAGGCCCUGCCCCAGGCUUCUAAGACCUCCACAGCAACCCAAGUCCUGUCCCCAGCAGUGGAGCAAAUGCAGCCAGUGAUGGCCUCUGACCUCCCAGCUACCCCAGUGGCCCCUGCAGAGCCAAAAACAGUGCUGGAUGCUUUACAGCAAAGGCUGAACAGGUACCGUGAGGCAGGCAUCCAGGCCCGGGCCAAUGGGGAUGAGCGCAAGGCCAGGAUGCACGACCGCAUUGCCAAGCAAUACCAAGAUGCUGUUCGAGCUCAUCAGGCAGGACGGAAAGUUGACUUUGCUGAGUUACCUGUUCCUCCAGGAUUUCCUCCCAUCCCUGGCCUGGAGCCCAGCAAAGGUACUGAGGAGGACUCAGUGGCAGAAACUUUGGCAACUGCCCAAAAACUGGCCUCAGAAGACACAGCCCUGGUAGAUGACGAGGAGGAGAGUGACACCCCAGCACAGGCCCCAUUGGCCAAGAAGCCAGCCCAGCCUCUGGCCCCUUCAUCCCAUCUUCUGACUGAGCCCAAGGCCUCAAGUUCUAAGGAGUCACUGAGCCCAUCUGCUCGGGAGCAGGUGACACUGCUGGAGGCUCGGAAACUGCAGUACCAGCGAGCUGCUCUGCAAGCCAAGCGCAGACAGGAUCUGGAGCAGGCCAAAUCCCAUUUACGAGUAGCUAAAAGUCUCGAAGCUCAGAUCAUCCAGGCCCGAGCUGGUCAACCCAUUGACCUCUCCAAGGUGCCUUCACCCUUGACAGAUGAAGAGGGUGACUUCAUUCUCAUUCACCAUGAAGAUCUGCGACUCUCCCAGAAGGCCGAGGAGGUGUAUGCCCAGCUACAGAAGAUGCUCCUGGAGCAGCAUGAGAAGUGCCUGCUAUUCUCCAAGCAGUUCAUGCACCAGGGUAAUGUGGCUGAGACUACUCGGUUUGAGAAGCUUGCUGAUGACCGAAAGAAACAGCUUGAGAUCCUGCAGCUAGCCCAAGCCCAGGGCCUUGACCCUCCCAGUCAUCACUUUGAGUUGAAGACAUUCCAGACUGUGAGGAUCUUCUCAGAACUCAACAGCACAGAAAUGCAUCUGAUCAUCGUCCGGGGAAUGAACCUCCCAGCCCCACCAGGAGUGACUCCAGAUGACUUGGACGCUUUUGUGCGGUUUGAGUUUCACUACCCUAACUCGGACCAGGCUCAAAAAAGCAAAACAGCUGUGGUAAAAAAUACCAACUUUCCAGAAUUUGAACAAGUUUUCAAACUAAACAUCAAUCGAAAUCACCGAGGCUUUAGGAGGGUGAUCCAGAGCAAAGGAAUCAAAUUUGAGAUCUUCCACAAAGGAUCCUUUUUUAGAAGUGACAAGCUGGUUGGCACAGCACACCUGAAAUUGGAAAGGCUGGAGAAAGAGUGUGAGAUCAGAGAGAUCAUGGAGGUUCUGGAUGGAAGAAAGCCUACUGGGGGGAAGCUGGAGGUGAAGGUCAGGCUGCGGGAGCCUCUGAGCAGCCAGGACGUACAGAUGGUCACUGAGAACUGGCUUGUCCUGGAACCCAGGGGCCUGUGAAGAGGUAGACAUCCUUGGUACCAGCUCACUGACCCAGCUGUGCAGGCUGCAAGAGCCUUUGUACAUGAGAGAUGCUGCUACACGUGCACCAAAGACCUUUGAACUAACCGUGCCUGGGCUCUCCUUGUGCUGCCUCUCCUGGGCCUUCAUGGAAGCAGGCCACAUCGUAGGAGCUUCUCGUACAGCCUCCCACCUCCCCAGAAUGUGGGUGAAGACAAGGAUACCCCAUUGCUCUGUGCCAUAGAGUCCUGUUGCCCAGUAACCUCUGCAUAGUAAUUAUGUACAGCUUAACCCAGCCCCCAUUUGCACCAUUUCUGGAUGUGCCUUUCAAAGAUGUAACUGUAAGGGAUGGGAGAACUCGAGGGUGAUCGGGACAUUCCCUGCUUAGGGGAGGGACAGGAUUCCGUGACUCCAGCUAGCCAGUGGCAGACUGUCCCACUCAGCUGUUUUCCCCUCUGCCUGUGCCUUUGUUCCUGACAGCUGCUGCACUAGCCUUUCUGCUUCCCAGAGGACUUGGGAACAGGAAGUUACUUUGGUACUAUUGGUGGGAAGUAAGGGGAAGGUUCUCUUUGGUUUGGUCCAUGUAUCUAAGAUGAAAGACUGUUAAUUGGGGAGAAAAAAAGGAAAAAAAAAAAGAAAGAAAGAAAAACUA